AUGGCGUUCUGCCCCGACAAAAUAACAGCCAACCCAACAACAGCCGAAGCCAACAUCAACAGCACAGCCAUGGCCGAACCUCCAGCUCAGACCUUCGACGACCUUUACUUCGACGCGACAUCGACAGACAAGUGUGAGCACCGCCUUAUACUCCAGCUGCGAGAUACAGUGGCCCGUCUAGACGACAGCAACUACGAAGAGAUCAGCACGCUUGUACGGGUCCUCCUUGACUGGAUCCCAUGCAAGGGCAAGCCACGCAGUCUCGAUGAGUUGAUGUUCGGGCUUGCCAAAAUCAACAGCAACCGUUCUGUGAAGGCUGAAGCAGGAGUUUGCAACCAUGUCCCGCCAUCGGCUUUCAUCCCAACUGCAGGCAACCCAUUCUACGAUCCUCGUCUCGAGCUCUCUGGAGCCGCUCAGCAAAUUGUGGACAUCAUCAUCGCUGCAAAGGACGCUGUGCGCGGAUGGCGUCUUGAGUUGACGGAUCACGGCUCCAACUUCUUCGGUUAUCUUCAGACGAUGGAUAUCAGCCCAGAUCACGCCGUCAAUCAGGUGAUCAAGGACCUUCAUUACACCCUGGAGUUUCUGAGAAACGGGCGAGGCGGCUGGGAUCUGGUCGACUGGCCACACAAGUUCUAUGAAGAUGUCCUUCUCAUCGCCACCGAGUUCCUGAAACACGCUCAAGACGUCAGCUCGCGCAAGGGUUGCGAGGCUCUUCGAGUCCUCCCAUCCUUGGUGGAUCAGAUCAUCAAGAGACUCAACGAAAUACAGAAGAUGAGAUGGGAAGCGGAAGAGGAAUGUAGCCAGCAGCACGAAGAACAGAUCCGGAAGGAGGAAGAGGCCGAGGAGAACAGACGCUUACUGGCGAGGUUGUCGUGGUACGUGAAGCCGACUCCAUGGACUGACGAUGGUCUGCCUAUUGAGGAAGCCCCUGAUUACUUCGAGACGAUGCUGCAGAAGAAGGUGCUGAUGGGGGAGCCGGCUCAUGUGCUCGAGAUCGAAGAGGCGGAUCUGGUGCUGGAGGAGGAGAUCGGUCGACUCGACCUCGGUCCUCAACGUGUAGAUAGUCGGAAAGCUGUUUGA